AUGGAUCAAGAGGAAAUCAAACAAACUUGGCAACAAAAAUUACUAUUUUAUACUACAGCUUUCUUCGUGCUGCUUGGUAUUUUUAGCUUGUUUUCGUUUUUAUUCCUUGUGCCUUUUGUCAUCGACCCGGCUUUUACAACGAUUUUCAUGGAGUUUGACGAAGAACCUGCUUAUUGUGUGACCGUAAGAACCGAUAGACGCUUAGGUGCAUCAAAUUGUAGUUGGACGUCUUGUAGAGAAGGUUGCACCAAAGAUAUUUAUACCUGCACACAAAUUUUUGUAAAUUAUAAAGCUACAAUCCGUUCCAACAUAUCGGUAUCGUCAACUGUACAGCCAGUGCGUCAACGUGAAACCAGAGCUAUCGUAGAAGAAUAUAAUUACGAUGACGAAUCGACGGGUAUAGAUGAUGACCUCGGUUGGUCCUUCCAGGAAGCAAGACUUUUUCCUAAUGUAAAGGGUUGUGGUUAUCCCCCAAUGCUCAACUGUUCAAUUUUUUUAAAAGCCUACCAAGAAAUUGGAUCCAAUUUUUCGUGCUACUAUAGUAGAGUAGAUCCCAAUUUGGUGAUUAGCCACCUGGACAUGUGGCAAGUUUAUAUGAACUUGGUGUAUGCCAUGGCAAUACCUAUUCCAUCAUUUAUUAUAUCUGUAGUGUAUCUGGCUAUAGCUUAUUUCAAAAUUUAUAAUGAAGACGAAGAAGAGGUCCCUUUAAAGAAAAAUGCUGAAGAUAUUGAUAUGGAAGGAGAAAGCGGGCCAGAUGGAACACUAAUACCCUCAGCUAGUGGGGGCUUAACACCAGCAAGCGAAGCCUUUAGGGAAGACUUAGCCAGUUUCGGACACCACCUUAAAGUUGCUAUGGUAGAUGAUAUAAGUCGAGAAAAUUUAGCAGAUGGGGUCAUCAAUUCAGUUUCAGUUGGAGGUUGCUCUGAUGCAGUUUCAGGUAACCCUCCAUCUGGUCUAUUGGCGGUGAUGAUUCCGUCGACAUAUCCUAACCAAGACAAAAGAUCUUGA